ACUGCAGUUAAAGCUUAGCAAACAAGAUAGGCAGGAGCUAAGGGGCGGGGUGAAGACCCGCGUGCAAGAAGGCUGGCUUCACCAGAUAAAGAAGACAACCGUCCUCCAUUCUGUCCUCUGCUUUUUUGCACGCAGGCUAAGAGGCGUUCACCAUCUCUACGUCAGGCUUCAAAGAACAGCUCCCUUGCAAUUUUGCUGAUACCCCCAUUCCUUAGCUUGGAACCGGAGGGGCGGUGAGGGCCGCUGUCACUCAGCCCCGCGGACCAAUAGUAAAGGGGUGAACCCCGCCUUCUUCCUUGAAUUGUGCUGCGGGCAUGCGCAUUGGGCGUCCCCACGCCACCGCCCAUCAGCUGAGAAUUGCAGCUGAGGGCUGCGGGGCCGGUGGGUGACGGUGGUCGGAGGUGUAGGAGGGAGCCGCGGAGGUCCAGGUGACUGCUUAGAAAACUGCACAGCCUACCAACAUCUGAUGAAAUUAGCGAAUAAGCACAUCAGCCAUGUCUUACACUCCAGGAGUUGGUGGUGACCCCGCCCAACUGGCCCAGAGGAUCUCUUCCAACAUCCAGAAGAUCACGCAAUGUUCUGUAGAAAUACAAAGAACUCUGAAUCAACUUGGAACACCUCAAGAUUCACCUGAAUUGAGGCAACAGCUGCAACAGAAGCAGCAGUAUACUAACCAGCUUGCCAAAGAAACAGAUAAGUACAUUAAAGAGUUUGGAUCUCUGCCCACCACCCCCAGUGAACAGCGUCAAAGGAAAAUACAGAAGGAUCGCUUAGUGGCAGAGUUCACAGCAUCACUGACAAACUUCCAAAAGGUUCAGAGGCAAGCUGCUGAGCGAGAGAAAGAGUUUGUUGCUCGAGUAAGAGCCAGUUCCAGAGUGUCUGGCGGUUUUCCUGAGGACAGCUCAAAAGAAAGGAAUCUUGUAUCUUGGGAAAGCCAAACGCAACCUCAGGUGCAGGUGCAGGAUGAAGAAAUUACAGAGGAUGACCUCCGCCUUAUUCAUGAGAGAGAAUCUUCUAUCAGGCAACUUGAAGCUGAUAUUAUGGAUAUUAAUGAAAUAUUUAAAGAUUUGGGAAUGAUGAUUCAUGAACAAGGAGAUGUAAUAGAUAGCAUAGAAGCCAAUGUGGAAAAUGCAGAGGUGCACGUUCAGCAAGCAAAUCAGCAGCUGUCAAGGGCAGCAGAUUAUCAGCGCAAAUCCAGAAAAACCCUGUGCAUCAUCAUUCUUAUUCUUGUCAUUGGAGCUGUGAUCAUUGGUCUCAUCAUAUGGGGACUGAACCGCUGAAGUUAUGAAGGAGCACGCUGUUGCACUACAUUGUCUAAAUUAUGUAGGAAGGUUCCUGUAAUCAUGUUUUUUUUUAAAAUUAUUAUUUUAAAGCUAUUGUAUAAAGGAUGGUUCCCAUACUUUGUUAUUUUUAUUGGGAGGUUGGGGUGGUUCCUUUGGAUUAAAUCUGAUAUUUUCUAAUACUGAAAGAUUUUCUAAAUAUCACGGCUGACAUAACUGCCAUGGUCUUCAAUUUAAUAGUUGUUAAGUUUUUGCCCACAUUGCAUAUGCCUUUCAUUUGUAAUUUAUUUACCCUGCUUGACUUAGUUUUGGGAAUUUGUAAAUUUAAAGGUGUGUGCAUUCUGUCUGCAUCUCCCUGUCACUGUGACACACCUAGAUUUGUGUUACUUCAAUUAAAAUUCUCAAAUUUAAUUUUGAUUUGCUUCAGCAGGGAAGAUAUUCCCAGUAAUGUAAAAUAAUUAAGGUCUAUUCAUGGGGUGUAUUUUUCUGGUUCACAACAGCACAAAGUGUCUUUCAUUUUUCUGUUGGUUUUCUUUUAAGAUCCUUUUUACUCUGAAGUCGGUGAAUACUUUUCUAGUUUAUUUGAUACUACUUCUGUGUAUAUAUUAAGCUUUUGCUGUAGAUUGCCUAGUAAAAUUACUAAGGACAGGUUGUUUUUA